UCAACAUGGCAAGGUGGGUCUUAAGGUACACGACACCUCAGAAACGUAAACCACUAAGCCAGUACUUAUUUCUAAUUAUCGUCAGCGGUGUCAUUACAUUUUUUACAAUAACAUAUUCGGCACCUAAAAUACACAACGGCAUUCGACCGUUGUCUUUGCUCAAAACUGACCCCACAGUUAAUAAUACACAGUGUUCUAAUGCAAGUAUGUUUAUAAAAAGUAAAGAUUUUCAACAAGCAAUUCAAUGUAUACUUUUGAAUGAAGAUAAGCGCAAUGACUUAGAUUCAUUGAAAAAUAUUCCGAACAAUAAUUAUAAACUUGACAAUGAAAAUCGUAAGGGUAACGUACCUACAAAUACAUUUACAAAUAUUUCACGUUGUUCUAAUGAAGGCUUAUGUGACACACGUUCGCUCAACAUUUUAGCCAGACAAUGGAAAGUUAACCAAGCAAAUUGUAAAGCUAUAUUUACUGGUAACAAGACCAACAUAGACGAAGGAAUUCGUCAAGCAAAUGAAACAAAACAUCCCCUUUUAUCCAACAGUUUUUAUUUAAAUUUAACUGAAAAUUGUGACUUAUUUAAACUCACUCGUGGUUACGUCACUUGCUUAAUGACGCAAGAAGAACAGGAAUUUUCGAUUGCGUUUUCAAUUUUAGUUUUCAAAGACAUAGAAAUGGUUGAGAGAUUACUCCGUGCUAUUUAUAGACCACAGAACUAUUACUGUAUUCACGUAGAUGCUAAAGCAGACAAAGAAUUUUUCCUCGCCGUAUCUGCUAUAGCGCAAUGUUUCACUAAUGUUUUCUUGACGGCUGAACGAGUGGACGUCCAGUGGGGACAAUUCAGUGUACUGGAACCGGAACUAAUUUGCAUGAAACAGCUGUGGAGAUAUACAAAAUGGAAGUACUUUAUCAACCUAACUGGACAAGAGUUUCCAUUGAAGACAAACGCUCAGCUGGUGAAAAUUUUAAAAGCUUUCAACGGUGCCAACGAUAUAGAAGGUGUAAUUAAAAGAGCUAAUUUAGACAGAUGGCCAACGCAUCCACCGAGAGGAUUAAGGCCAGUAAAAGGAGCAGUUCACGUUAUCGUCAACAGAGAUUUCGUUAACUACAUCCUACACAACGACACAGCCAAAGAUCUACUGGAGUGGGUCAAACGAACGGGAGUUCCCGAUGAAACGUUUUUCGCCACAUUAAACCACAAUCCACAACUUGGGAUACGCGGCAGCUACAAAGGUGAUCCUGAAACUGAUGAAGUCACUAAACCGUUCAAUGCCAGGUUUAAAAACUGGGGUGGCACAAUUCCAUGUGCUGGGCGUUUCGUUAGGGGCAUUUGCAUACUCACAACAGGUGACCUACCAUUACUCUAUGACACCAAGAAACUUUUCGCUAACAAAUUCUACCUGUGGGAAGAUUUCCUAUCUGUUGGUUGUUUGGAGGAAAAGUUGAUGAACGACACGAGGGAUGAAUUUCUGGGUGUGAAGACAUUUAACGUGUCUUAUUAUGAGAGUUUAGCGAUUGUGAAAAAUCGCGUUGUUUAAAAAUAUAAUAAUAAAAGCCGUGAUAAAAUUUGAUUGAAACUAAGUCCUAAAAAAUGAUCGAGUUACUUUAAAAAAAAACAGCAAUUUCGAUAAGCUUUGCCCCAUAGAACGUCAGGUUUGAAAGGGAAACUUUUUUACUUUAGAGCUUGAAAUGUAUCUAGUACUAUUCCUGUGAUUCUUUCUUCACGCACUUGAUGUAUAAGUGCUACAUCGAUCGAUGAAUGUUUGAUUACGUUAAUGAAUUGUAUUCUUUGUGGAUUUUACUCUGUGUAAAUAAAGUUGUGAAAUGAACAAGCAGUACCGUGAAUCUUUGAAGAAAGAAGAACUCACAAUAACAUCUAGAUUUCGCAAUAACAACAGAGUGUUAUAAUUAUCAACAUUUGCUUGAGUAGCCUCCGGUUUAUCAACAAACAUACACUAUCUGUCGUGACUAAAGAAU